CGCAUUGUCGUAGCAGAUGAUUUGAAAGUCGGCAACUUGGUUGCGAACCGGCCCGUGACGCUCCACUGACCGCAGACAUGGCUGACAAGGAACCUCUGAAGUCUGGCUCUCCGUUCGCCACCAGAAUAGAUCCAACCAAAGAGAGUCUUUCACAAGAACAGAUGCAUUUUAUCAAGCAGGUGGAGCUGGAACAGUGGAAGAUGAAAACAUCAAAGCUCCGGACGCGGAACGUUGUGACGGGACUUGCGAUAGGAGCGCUUGUGCUGGGUAUUUACGGCUACACCUUUUACUCAGUCUCCCAGGAGCGGAUUAUGGAUGAGAUCGAUGAGGAGGCCAAGCGUGCCAGACUGAAGGGACCAAAGACUGGAGCCAAUUGAGGCGAGCAGGCUGCCAGCCUCUUUAUGGACGUGUACUUUGUCCUGCACUUAACCAGGAGAGGACUGAUGAUGCCACUGAGUCAUAUUCCAUGCCUGGCUGCAGUUUGUUUUAUUAUUUGAGACAGAGCAGGACUUUGUUUUGUCUUGAUAAUGGGUAUUAAAGAGUGGUUGUUUUGCUUCAGUUAGUUUGAUUUGUCUUGAGCUUUAUUAAGCUUCUCUUCAGUGGAACAGGCUAAUCCCCUGACCUCAACCGGGCCUUUCCACCCUACAUGAAAGGUCUCGACGGUAUUUCUUGCCAACAUCUCUGUCCAUCUCUGAUCAACAGAAAUACAACAGAAGCUGUCUGUUAACUUCAAUACUACAGUGGCCUUAAAGGAAAGAGGACACUGGUGACACUGGUGAAAAGGCACAUGAAUCAGCUUGAUAAAUUAUGUUGAUAAAAUGUGUUUGUACUAUACAAAUCUAAUGUACUAGAUUCAGAACAAUGUAACAUCUUCAAAAGUUGUCUGUGCUACUGGUAAAGUAAACAUGACAAAAGAGCCAAA